GCGACUGUGCCCAACUCGAACACGGGUAGUUUUAUACGUUAGCACCUCUGAGAGAGCCGACUUGAUCACACCAUGAGCAGUUCAAACACAAUAUCCAAAGCUGAGGUGAUAGCGGCUGUCUCAUUGACCGCUGGUGCCACGGCCGUUGGAAUCCUUGUCUACAAAACCUUUUUCUCCAAAGACAAAUGCAGCAAGCCAAAAGUGAAUCUGGACAUUCAGAAAGACAACCCCAAAGUGGUGCAUGCGUUUGACAUCGAGGACCUCGGAGACAAAGCAGUGUACUGCAGGUGCUGGCGUUCAAAGAAGUUUCCCUUCUGCGACGGUGCUCAUGCUAAACACAAUCAGGAGACAGGAGACAACGUUGGCCCCCUGAUCAUAAAACGCAAGGAGGCAUGAAUUGUGUGUUUGUGCCCGUGCUUGUUUGUGUUUGUCUUCGUGUUUUUUGUAGUCUCAGGGCUGCCGCUGCUUACGAAUGCACAGUAUCUGUUCACAUCCAGCGAUAGAGAUCAGUAUUUAUUCUUUUCAUGGGUUGGUUAAGGCUGUGAUAUAUAUUUUUUUUUUUUCUUUCCUGACUGUGUAGUCUCAUUGAUGUGUGUCUUAUAAUUUGCCCUGCAGACCUGCCUGUGUGUUAUGUCCACACUGUUCUUCUGACACCCUGGUAUACUGAUCGAUCAAAUCUUGUUGCUGUUUUUUGUUGUUUCAGUUUUGGGAAUGGUUUCAAGUGAUUUGAGGAAUUGAGGAAUAUUUCUUUUUCUUUCAAAAGCUGAGUUACAGCUAAAGUUACUGUUGGUAAGUCAUUUGAAAGUACGAGCAGUGUUGUAAACAGGACCGAGAGUGAAUGGUGUAGUCAAAAGCAGUGCAUGAAUUUUCACCACUCUGGUUGUAUCUAGUUCACUCUGCUUUAUUAUGUCUCGUACUAGCACCGUUACCUGUUUAUACUGGUUACGUUCAUGCAAGUUAUUUUAACAGCUUGUUGACUGGAUCAGUAUCUCCCUGUCCAAGUUUCUAAUGUUUUUUUUUGUGUUCAUGGUCACCAGUUUUUUUGUUUAUUUUGUUUGUUUAUUUGUUUUUUUUUUCUGUCAGAUGAUUGCCUAAAGAUGUUUCCAAAUGAGGGAACAAAAAUGGUGUGAUAUGUGCGAUAAUACAGAUUCUAGUCCAGUAGCGACACCCUAACAUACAAACACCAUGACGUCAUUUGAGCUCAACCUGAACAUAACCUUGUGAGCAGAAACACUGAAUCUAGCGUGUCUUAAAUGCCUCCCAACCCUGUGGCUUAACAAGUAGGGAGCACCCACUGUACAGCCAUAGGUGUCUUAUCACAUUGCCAACCAAUCAGUACGUAUGACUCUAAUGGAUUUUCAUUCGCUACAUUGUCAUAUUUACGUUGUCCAGAUAUACUGCUCUUGUACUAAACCUCAUUCUUGCUAUUGUCAAUCAAUUUAAUAUCAUUCAUGAGUAAGACUGAUUGCUCAUGUCGUGACAUACAUGUAUUUUUUUCACCUCCUUUCAUGAAAUGGAUAAUGAUAUAUAUAUAUUUAUAUUUAUUGACAAUUAAAAAAAGAGAGAUCUUGGGUUUUUUUUGUGACAGUGUCAUAGCUGUCAUCGUGCCUGUGAGGUUUUCUUUGUCCUCCUGCAAGUACACACCCGUCAUCAUGGCUUUCAUGGAAGGCAAUCUGUGAGGGACGUGGCGUCGUCUUAAUGAUCUUUCUCAGAAAGACACUAUUGCUGUGUUUGUCCUAUGGAGAUCUUAAAGGCCUUGUCUGGUUAAUGAUUAACGACAACAGGAUAAGAGAGACUUGAGUACAAUGUUGUAUGUACAUCAACUGUUGUAAACUAUUUUACCUGUACUUGCU